AUGGGGCCUCAGCAGCUCCAGCCCACUCCCCUGGUCUCCAGCCCCUUCCCCCGUGGCUCCCCUGUGGCCGCCCCUCCCCCUGGCAGUGCCCUCAGUGCCCCUCACCAAGUGUGGCGGGGAGGGCCCGAACAGGAAGGGCGGCGCUUUCGGGGAUCUAGGAGAAACCAUGGCGAGCGGUUUUGGAACCCCGCCUCCCCACAGGCCUUCCGGACAGGGCCUGGCCUUUUCCUUUCGGCAAGGUCGGGGUUCCUGUCCCCAGGAGGGGCGGGACCCCACCUGCCGCCCACUCUGCCCUCCCUCCCCUGGGGCCCUGGUGGGGGCCCACCCCAGGAUCAGAGGUCAGUCCCAGCCUCCUCCCCCAGGACUUUGCCCCCAACCCUCGUGAUGAGCUCAGACUGCUGGAGGCCCCGGAGGACAGAGCAGCAGGGUCGGAGCCCGGGGGCCGGGCCCCCAGCCUGCGCCCCCACUGAGACCCAGCCCCGGCUGACCAGGACCUCUGGCUUCUGGGCCCCAAACCCCCUGGCAGCCUCUCCCCGGGGACUAGGGCCCCCCGGUCGGGACUGGCCCCCGAGGAGGUGGGGAGAAGGCUGGCAGGGCCACGGCCGACAGAUCCCCCCUCCCCAGGGCCCUCCAGAGCCAACCUGGGGCCCGUUCUGGCAGCAGGCGGAGAGGGGCAGCCCUCCCAUCAGCCCCCAGGGUCGGUGGGCAGCCGGCUGCCCCGGGGGCGGGGCGGGCAGGAGUCCUGGGGCCUGGCCUUGGGGAGAGGCCGGGUGA